UUCCCCUGAAGGGCGAUGCCAAGGCCUGGGCUGGCUAGGGCCGUCCUGGGCCGCAGCCUCCUCCCCAGUGCCAGGCUCAGGGGGUGCCCGCGGUGGACGGAGGCGUUCCUGAGCCCUUCCCUCAGCCCUGCUCCCUUCUUGCAUCGCAGGGCCCUUCAGCAGCAGGUGAGCCAGCCAGGGAUGGCGGAGAAUGGGCUGGCCCGGCGGGAGAAGGUGCUGACCCUCGAGUCCCUGAACCCCUCAGUCAAGAAGGUGGAGUAUGCCGUGCGGGGACCCAUUGUCACCCGAGCCCUCCAGCUGGAGAAGGAGCUUCAGCAGGGGGCGAAGAAGCCCUUCACGGAGGUGAUCAGAGCCAACAUUGGCGAUGCCCAGGCGAUGGGGCAGAAACCCAUCACCUUCCUCCGCCAGGUCAGCGCCCUCUGCAUGUUCCCGGACCUCUUGAAGGACCCCAACUUUCCUGAGGAUGCAAAGGAGAAGGCCCGGAGGCUGCUGGCGGCGUGUGGGGGGCAGAGCAUCGGUGCCUACAGUGCCAGCCCUGGCAUUGAACUCAUCCGCCAGGAUGUGGCCCACUUCAUUGAGCGUCGGGACGGCGGAAUCCCCUCCAGCGCGGAAAACAUCUUCCUGUCUACAGGCGCCAGUGAUGCGAUUGUGACGAUCCUGAAGCUGCUGGUCUCAGGGGAGGGGCGCUCCCGUACGGGGGUGAUGAUCCCUAUCCCCCAGUACCCGCUUUACUCCGCCGCUUUGGCCGAACUCAAUGCCGUGCAGAUCAACUACUACCUGGACGAGGACAAAGGCUGGGCCCUGGACAUCGGGGAGCUGCGGAGGGCCCUGAAAGAAGCCCGCCAGCACUGCCAGCCCCGUGCCCUCUGCAUCAUCAACCCGGGCAACCCGACCGGGCAGGUCCAGAGCCGCCAACGCAUCGAAGAGGUCAUCCGCUUUGCCUGGGAGGAGCAGCUCUUCCUCCUGGCUGAUGAGGUCUACCAGGACAACGUUUACGCCGAGGGAUCCCAGUUCCACUCCUUCAAGAAGGUGCUCUUUGAGAUGGGGCCCAAGUACUCGGACAGCGUGGAGCUGGCCUCCUUCCACUCCACCUCCAAGGGCUUCAUGGGCGAGUGCGGCUUCCGAGGUGGUUACAUGGAGGUGAUCAACAUGGACCCCUUAGUCCAGCAGCAGCUGAACAAGCUCAUCUCUGUGCGCCUCUGCCCGCCAGUGACUGGGCAGGUCCUCUUGGAUGUCGUCGUGAAUCAGCCUCAGCCUGGAGACCCUUCCUACAACCAGUUCAGCCAGGAGAAGCAGGCCGUGCUGAGCAAUCUGGCCCAGAAGGCCCAGCUCACGGAGGAGACCUUCAACCGAGCUCCCGGGAUCCACUGCAACCCGGUGCAGGGGGCCAUGUAUGCCUUUCCCCGAAUUCAUCUACCACCUCAGGCUGUGCAAGAGGCACAGGCCCUGGGCCAGGCACCAGACAUGUUCUUCUGCCUGAAACUUCUGGAGGAGACGGGCAUCUGUGUCGUGCCAGGGAGUGGCUUCGGCCAGAAGGAAGGGACCUUUCACUUCAGAAUGACCAUCCUGCCGCCCCUGGAGAAGCUGAAGAUUGUCUUGCAGAAGAUAAGCCAGUUCCACGCCAAAUUCACCCAGGAGUAUUCUCAGCGCCAGCUGCUGGGCAACAGCCAGAAGACAGCAGAGGAGCAGGGGCAUUAGGGUGGGGGCUGUGUUGCCCAGAUCUCCCCCCUGCCUUCAUGCCGCUGGACUCCUGACCCAGAAGGCACGGUCUGGAACUGGGAUCAACUCUGCUCUCCAGAGAGCAUUCUCUCCUGCCCCUGCCACACUUCAGAGCCCCUCUUAAUAGCUUGUUCCCAUAGACAAAGCCACAAUGUACUGGGGGGGGGGGUGGCAUGGG